UUCCAGCAACUUUGUUUUUGUUCCUGAUUUACAGUAUCCACAGUUCUUUUGGUUAAAAGAAACACUGGGAAGGUCUAGUGGUACUGAUUUGUAUAGCAACCUGCCUCUUACCUAAAAGCUUCAGGUUCAAAUCCCAUGCCAGGUCAAGGAAGGUGAAUCCAUGACGCCCCAAUGACAAAUACGUAUUCGUGUUUUCAACAGACCCCUGAUAGUGUUCUUGAAAACUUGCUACAUAGGCUAUGGACUGAUGAAAGGUCAUUGACCUGAAAUAUUAUCUCUAUCUGCAAGUUAUCUACCCUCUUAAGUAGAAAGUUAAUGGCCUUUAUAUCCAGAGGACUGGAGUACAAGGAUGCAGAAGUUUUGCUGCAUUUAUACAAAUCCACAGUUCUUUCGGUUUUUUUCUCAAGUUUACAAAGUUUGGCAGAAACGGAGUAUUCUGUUUUUGCCCGACGAUCCUUUGCCACAACUGGAAAUUAUAUAGAAUUCAUUGGUCUGCUUGGUUUAAUGAACAGAAAUGUCUUGAUUUUUAAAAAAAGAACUCUUUAUGCUUUUCAGCAUCGUUAUUUCAUUCUUUAUAUUCAACCAACAAGGAUCCACAAAAGAAAGUUUGAUUCUGCUGGUGUGGAGAUUGAACCAAAUUUCAGUGAAACUAAAAAGGUCAACACUGGCUAUUUGAUGUCUUCCUUCAUAGAGGUGGAAGCAGCAGGACAGACAGACAAGAUAUCGGUUGAAGAUCUGAAGCGAUUAAUUAAUAAACCAGAGCUUAUUAAAAUCUCAGAGAAACACACCCCCAAACAGAGCUUGGCAUUCUGGAUCUCGGAGGGAGAGAUGGAAGACAUUGAGCUGGAGGUUGAAGAUGGUUUACGACUGAAAACCUUGGGGGACAGUCCUUUUAUUUUUUCACUGGCCAAAAUGGAUGCUGGAACUGUGACUAAAUGCAACUUCGCAGGAGGUGAACAGGUUGGAGCUUCUUGGACUGACAAUGUAUUUGCUGCAAAGCACAAAACUGAGCAAGAGGCCAAAGUUAGCACCCAAGGAGAAGGUGCUGAUGAGGACGAAUGGGAUGAUUGACACUCCAGAAAGUCAUCAAAACCAACAAAUGGCAGUAAUUCUGGAGAUUAUUGAACAGGAUCAGAGAUCAAGCUGUUUUUCAUUCAGCUCUUAAGUUUUGUUCCAAAUUUUAAAAUUUAUUGACAGUAAAACCUAAACAUAAAUUUAUCUAGCAACCACCCCAACACCCACAAAUGGAGCUGCAUCAGGACACUAUUUGAAUGAACCACAGCACAUUGCAGCAACCUGGAACUACGCAAAGCAGAUAUCACCUAGACGAUGUCUUCAAAAGGAAUGGAUACCUGAAAAGCACAGUUCACCGUUACCUCCGAGACAGACCACAACAUGACCAGACUCACUAAUCACCUUCCCAUACAUCAAGGACAUUGAAGAGGUGACCACAAGACUACUCAGACCCCUAGGUAUCAGAGUAGCCCACAAACCAACAACCACCCCGCAACAGCUACUGACGAACGUAAAGGAUCCCAUACCCAAAACCAGCAAAAUCGGUGUAAUAUACAAAAUACCAUACCAGAAAUAAUACCAUCCAUCCCAGCAAACAGAGGCAUAUAACUAACAAGUGGGACAGAACACCAACACUUCACUGAGGCGCGCUGACGAUGUUACCCAGCAGGGUGACGAAACGUUUGCAAUCAAACCCACCAGCUCAGCGAGUCAACAACCUCAUCCACAACCUGAGCUACAAAUCUUCUCUAACUUUAAGCUUCAAUAUCUUUGAUGUUUUGUUCAGCAUCGCAAAGUUAACCAGAGGAUUGUGAGGAAUAAUUAUGAUAUUAUAUCUGCAAAGGCCUUGGUUUACUUCUCGUUUAAAAUAAUCCUUGAAGUAAUUUUAUUCAGACCAAAGUUUCCUUGUGAUUCCCUUGUGUUCCAAACCAGCCGUGGUCCUGAGUAGUUGUCAAACAAGGUACUUUAUUCAGGUUGGAUGGCUGGAUCCCCACAGUGUGUUCAGAGCCAGCUGCUGAAGGAAGAAUCCAAAGCCAGUCUUUACUUGGACUAGAUUACUGAGUGAACCAUUACAGCUACAUGUCCUGUGACUCCACGCUAAUCCUGUAUCAGUAAUUGUCUGUUUUCUAUGCUUGAAUAACCAUCCAACAUACCCUCCAUCUGUAUCAUUAUCUGUGGUUCAUGCAAUGAAUAUAGAGCAAGGAUCAAAAUGGUUGGAGGUCCAACAAUUAUUGAUGCCUCUAAAGAAAAGGUUGUUACAUUUAUAGUCUCUGCAGCAAUCCUGAUCCUCACUUUGCAAUUCUCUCCCUGAGCAUCUCACAUUAUUCCUCUCUGACAACAUUCAAUUAUGUUAUUAAAAGCUUCCUGUAAACCUACCCUGAAUGUUCAGACUGUAAUUUACCUCCUGAUUCUUCUCCCAAAUCUUGUGUUAUUCCUUUCCUUUUCCUUUGGCCCCAAAAGUAUUUUAUUGUGAAGUGUAAGUUGGCAAUAUGUUAUGAACUGAUUAGGGGAUUGAUAUACUUGUCACUAAACCUUGUCAAUGUGCUGUAUCAUACGGAGAUGAUUUGACAUUCUGCUUACAAUUGACCAGCCAGUCUGUUCAUGAAUGUUUUGAAGGAGUCAACCAAGGGUUACACCUGUAUAUUUCUAGUACUUGAAGUAUGAGAAUGGACUGUAUGUAUUCUUUGAGAGUAGAGACAAGAUAACCAAGAUAAAAUUACAAAAUAAACUUGUUAGGAAAACAAAAUGCUGAAGUACUUUCCAGCUGAUGAUGUAUUGAAGUCAGAAGUGUCUUUACCUCAUGAAGGAGCAGCGCUCUGAAAGCGUGUGAUUUCAAAUAAACCUGUUGGACUAUAA